GAGUUAAAAUAGGUUUAGACACAGACAUCCAGCUUUUCAUUGUGGAUCAGUCUUCUUUUUGUUGCCAAAGGGAUACAGCAUGUCCAAAAUGCUUGACAGCAUCAUCCCAACGAACUUUCUGAACCACCUGACCCUGAAUGACGAUUUGCUUCAGUCCCAGCCACAGCUCAAAGCCCCUGGGCAGAGUCGGCUGAACCGCUCAGAGUCUUUCUUCUCUCCCCCCUCCCACCCKGCCGAUUCAAGCCUCAGCUUGAGCUCUGAACACGUUAACAGCGAUGACAACGGCAGCUCUAUCUGGUCAUCCAACAGCUCUAUCUGGAGCCAGGGCCCCGUUUCCAARCAGAAACAGCUCCCCUUCCGGUCUGACCGCUCCAUGAGCAUGACUGAACCCAGCAGCAGCCUGCUCCCUUCCUUUGGACAGCUGAAGAACCUGGAGAUGUUUAACCAGAGCUCUUCUACUACCGUGGCUCCCCCUCCAGGGUUUCCACCCUCAUCGAACCUCCCGGCUCAGGUCCCCCCGAUGCUGUCCUCUAACCGUUACAAGACUGAGCUGUGUCGGGGCUACCAGGAGACCGGCAGCUGCAAGUAUGGCAAUAAGUGUCAGUUUGCCCACGGCGAGGCAGAACUGCGCGGACUGUACCGCCACCCAAAGUACAAGACGGAGCCCUGCAGAACCUUCUACAAUUUUGGCUACUGUCCCUAUGGCUCACGSUGCCAUUUCAUCCAUGAGGAGAAAAUAAGUGGAGGUCCCUUAGGGUCUGGAAAAUUCCAGCGGCAACCAGCCCCCACGUCAACCAGUGGUCACAAUCCACGCCACCAGCUCCGACAAAGCCUCAGCUUUGCGGGGUUCAUGGGCCCGUCACGCAGCUCAUCUCCCCCGUCAUUCGCUGCAGCCCCCAACGAUUUAAACCUGGGAUUCAGCCGUGCUUCAUCUGUCUCCCCACCUCCCAAUGACCUCCUCUCCCCUGUGUUUGGCGACUCCAUGCAGCYGGAGGUAUCGGCAUUCCAGUUCAAUAACCUCCAGACCCACGCCAGCAAUGGAGACAUUCCUUACAUCUUGGAGCCAAAGCCUUCCCGCUGCGUGUGCGGCCAUGGAAAUAACUUUAGCAGCAACAAAGGCAGUGCGUUCACCAGCGUGGCAGACGGGCUGCACCCUGAGAAUAAUGUGCCUUUCCCCAAUCCUGGGAGCAAUGGAGGCUUUAUUAAGCAUGCCGGACUGCAACGUUUCUCUUCUGAGGACUCCCUGGAGGACAGCUACAGCAGCUGCAGCUCCAGCGGAUCCGAGUCUCCAACAUUUGACGGGUCCACCACCAAGAGGCUCACUGUGUUUGAACGUUUGUCGCUUUCUGACUAAAUGGAUCCAAAGAGGAAGGAUGAAGAAAGGGGGGCCCUAAAGUCUCUUUCCCGUUUCUCGACUCUCUUCAAAACCAGAACUGUCCAGAACAAGUUGAUGAAAUGACACUUGUAAACAUUUAACUGAUCUUUUUACAAACUACACAUACUAAGAUGAUUUAAUACUCACUUGUUAUCAGACUCUAUUUUUAUACUUAGAAAAACUUUUAGACUUUUGUAUGUGAUCUUCCAUAAGAAUUACCUCCUCUACAGGUCUUGACUUUAACCAGCACAUAUUCUGACUCCUAUUUACCACAAAUCGGUAGAGAUCAAAACGGCCUAUUUUUAGUGAUAAUCGUUGGUGCCUGUGCCUUAAAGAUAUUUCCUGCCAUWUAGGCUAAUCAUUUUCUGUGCCACAUACAGUAUGUUUGAUUCAGUAGCCUUAAUCAGCGAGACCUGACAUGUGUCUAUGAUAUGCACUUUACAGCUAAUUCAAAUGGGGAGGAAGCCCCAGUAGCAUUCAACCAAAGCUUAAUCCUUCAUUCUGUUCUGUGGAUGUAUGUGUGUGCCUGUUAAGUAUGUGUGUAAGGGUGUUUGUGUCUUUUCUUGUUUUCCUUUUUUUUUAGACUUGGGGUGCAAGCAAAUACUGCAAAAUGCUGAAGGAUCAGAAAAAAAAGUUUUUUUUUUUUUUUUUUUUUGCCUUUAGAUCUCAAACUCUGUGUCCUGACAACCUUUAGGGUUUUUAGAUUCUGUAAAAUGUUCUGUUCUAUUUGCUGGUUUGUAAAAUUGCACCCCAUUUGUUUGACAGCCUGGUUCAGGGAACACUGCAGUAUUCCAUUUGGUUAUUGGUUGCCUUGUGUUGUUUAACUUAAACUAAUAUAUUUAUUAUGAUAUUUAUUUGUGUUUAAAGAAGAAAAAUUUGUAUUUUGUACUUUUAUUUAUGAAUAAAAACAUAUUUCAAGUUCUGUGAAAUAACAAUGUGAGAAAAAUGCAACAAAAAAGAAAAUAUAUUUUUAAUUGCCUGAUAAAGACGAAAUAAAAUACUAAAUAAAUACGAAA